AUGUCUUCCGCUGCCGCCGCCGCCACCGCCGCCGUCGCGCCGACCUCUGUCGCCGCUCCCGCCGCCGCGGUGCCGGCCCUUGCUCCUGUGUCACCGUUCCUCGCCUCGCGGCCUCUUGCGAUGGCCUACGGUGCUCCUCCGUCGCCCAGGUCCCCGAUCGGAUCGGGUGUUCAAGGCGAUCGCGCUGCCUCGCCGAGGGUUGCGGUGCCCUCUAGUGCUGAUCUUCCUGCCGGCGGCGUCUCUGCGCUGAUUGGGCCGCCGCCAUCGUCGUCCUGGCUGGCGCCGCACUACGGUGCGCCGCCCCCACAGCAACCCUACGGCGCCCCGCCGCCACCCUACGGUGCGCCUCCGCCGCACCACUACGGUGCGCCGCCGACGAACCCCUACCCGGCGCCGCCCCAACCCUACCCGGCGCCCCCGCCGAACCCCUACUCGACGCCGCUCCAACCCUACCCGGCGCCAUCUUAG